UUUCUAUCCUAUCACAGAAAGUAGCUCAAGACGCUUUUCAUCGUCGUGGAUGGGAACAUUCUGUGAAAGGGAAAAGCUUAAGUGAUAAAACUUUGGAUUUUACUGCACCUUUGUCCUUUCCUUUGAGAGGGAGAUUUGCGCGUCGGUGGCAGCUGAACCUGACUGUGAUCGUAAGUGAAUGUUCCUGUGUAUUGGCUGACAAAUAAGAACCGGGUGAAUGUAUAGCAUGAUGAUGGAAACGGACUUACACUCGCCGGGAGCCCAAUCGAAUACAAAUUCGGGGCACACGGGGCCAAACAAUGGGAACAAAGUGAACCAAGACCGCGUCAAGAGACCGAUGAACGCGUUCAUGGUUUGGUCCCGGGGCCAGCGACGGAAGAUGGCACAAGAGAAUCCCAAAAUGCACAACUCUGAAAUCAGCAAAAGACUUGGCGCCGAGUGGAAACUCAUGUCCGAGGCGGAAAAGAGACCUUUUAUUGACGAGGCAAAGCGAUUACGGGCAAUGCACAUGAAGGAGCAUCCGGAUUACAAGUACAGACCCCGGAGGAAGACCAAGACGCUGCUGAAAAAAGAUAAAUAUUCCUUAGCGAGCGGGCUUCUGGCCGGAUCUGGAGCUGGCGCUGGUGUGGGUCUCGGUGUUGGGAUGAGCCCAGGUGGGGUCGGACAGAGGUUAGACAGUCCUGGCGGUCACGGGGGCUCCGCCGCCAGCUAUGCACAUAUGAACGGCUGGGCGAACGGAGCCUACUCGGGCCAGGUGGCGGCAGCGGCGGCGGCCGCGGCGAUGAUGCAGGAGGCUCAGCUCGCAUACAGCCAGCACCCGGGCAACGGGACGCACCACCACCACGGACACCACCACCACCCGCACAACCCCCAGCCCAUGCACCGCUACGACAUGACUGCUCUCCAGUACAGCCCCCUUUCCAACUCCCCCAGCUACAUGAGCGCGUCGCCGUCAGGGUACGGGGGGAUCACCUACACACAGCAUCAGAACUCCAGCGUGGCUUCCACAGGUGCAAUCGGCACUCUGGGAUCUCUGGUGAAAUCGGAGCCAAGUGUAAGCCCUCCCGUUACUACUCACACCCGUGGUCCUUGUCCCGGAGACUUGCGAGAAAUGAUAAGCAUGUAUCUACCGACGGGAGAGACAGGUGACCCGGCAGUUCAAAGUAGACUUCACGCUUUGCCACAGCACUAUCAAAGUUCCACGGGGGUCAAUGGCACAGUCCCACUGACGCACAUUUAACAGAAAUAGGAGCAAGACCAAGCGCAGCCCAUGAAACAGUAACCAAAUAUUUACCUCUUAAAUCGCAACUACCUUUUUGUACAGAAUGUUGUACUUGUAAAUUAAAAGUAAAUUUUAUUUAAACACGCUAUUUGAUGGGUUUUAAUAGGGGCACUGUCUAACAAUGUCUUAAGUGGGGAAUUUCUUGGCAUUUCACAUUUGAAUUUACCAAUUAGCAAAGUUAUGAGAGAAUUGUGAAAAAUAAUUGCCCAAUUUGAAUUACUUUAUGCUGUGUUUUUAAUAAUGAAAUAAGAUGGUUUACGGUGUCAUUUGAGUGAACGCGGAAAAUGUUUUUCAAGGUAGCCUAAUAUCUUUUCAUUUCUCCUCUCCCGGGUUUGUAAACUAGUGCGAGUAACUGUGAUUGAAGCAUUUCUUUUGUGUUGUAUAUUUUCUUUGUAAAUUGUGAAUACACUUUAGGAAAGAUUGAUACAUCUGUAAAUAAUUUGCAAUUGCAUUUCACCCGGGAUAUAUUUUGCCUUGGUAUGAGUUAAAUAAAUUUCUCAACAGUU